UAUUUUAGGCCCGCCAGAUCUACCCUCCUCGUAUGAUUUGCGUCUCUGUAGUUGGUGCCUCCAGCUUGCUCCGUUUAGUCCCGGUGUUUGGUGAUCAGAGCUCCGACAUGGGCGAAAUUUUAAAUGAGCUCGAAUAUGUUCUCAGGUCCAAACCGAACGGUUUGACGAUCGAGGAAGCGAUUUUGCUCCAAACAUGUAGGUCUAAGGCUGUUCGAGAUUUUACAUUUGGCGGUAUCCUUGGAGGUGGCCUGACAUGGGCAGGAGCAUGGAGGCUGAAUAAAUUUACUCGGCUAAAUCUUUCCGUAGGAGCUGCUUCGCUUUGUGGAUUUUGGAGAUUUAGCAGGUCCCUAAACUCAUGUGUCGAUUAUAUUCUUGCACUGGAUGGAAGUAGGAUGCAAAAGGAAUUGGCAAAUAUUGUUGUGACGAGAUAUCACAAUGAUCCUCAUGCAAUGCAGUACAUAUCCAAGCAUUUUUAUUAUGAGGAAGUGUUUGACGAUUCAACCUCGGACCGGCCAAAAAUAAGGUGGCGUUAUCGAAAUUUCUUUAGUGAUGAUGUUGCUCAUUCUCAGAGGACGCAUGGCAAUGACAACAACGUGCAUGAAAACUCCCACCGUGAUUCCAGUGCCUACCAGGGCGAUUCCUAUGGCGACCCUGAUGACAAUGGAAAUGCUCAUGAGUUCAAGCCAGUCCUCACUAAGCCUGGCACCGAUGCUGCGACCGCAGACCCUCUAGAUUGUAUUUUUGGUACAUUGGCCAGAAAAGAAGAAAUUCAAAACUCAACUCCCUCUAUUCCAUCUCCGAAGCCUCACUCUCGUAGCAGAAGAUACAAUCGUCGGCAUCGAAAAGAUAACCAUACAAAAUCAACAAACUUUGAACAUGUGUAAUUUCAGGAUAUCCAAAGAAGCGAUAGCCAUCCAUAGUGUGAAGACAAUGCUCAUGAGGCAAUUGUCUGCCGUUUGUUGAAAUGGGAGAGCCACAUUUCAUUGAAGGUUGGAAACUCCAUUCUCUUUUCCAGUUUCUAAAAUUUCUAACAUUUCUCAGGAAAAUUCGUGGGGGAAAAGUCUUUCAUUCUUUCAGACCGUGUGGCGUGUUGAAGACCUUACACAAGAAAGACGACUAUGAACACGCGUCAAGAAUGGUAAAUGCCUUUGUCAUAUCUUUAUUACUAUAAUAACUAACUAGAAGCUUCAUACUUUGUCUUGUUUACAUUAAUAUGAAAUUCUUCCCCCUUUUUUAGUGGUUCUGGUUGAAAGAUAGAAACAAAUACAUAUAUUCUAUUCUGUGGUGGGAGUGGGGGUUUAGAUGAGAUGCUUUUAGUAAGGUAGUACCCAUAAUUUUUAAUCUUUAUACUGCCUGGUGAAAACAAAUAGUGGGUUCUUAGACUGAGCCGUCGAAAGUAAAAGGAAAUGAUUUAGAAUUGAAAGCUUUUAUCAAUUUGGAAUCUUUAAGUUUGAUUGCGGCCCUACCGCACGCAUAGUGCCGCAAUAGAUAUUAGACAGCUUUAUUUAUCAUUAUUAAAAAGAGGAAAAAGAAAACUAAGGUAAAGCUUCAAUAUAGGUUGAGGUUUGAUAUGUAGAGUAGAUGUAAUUAUUGCAGAUAUUAUAGUUUAUUUUUAUUCUAAUGCCACUUUUAUA